AAUUUUACUCCUCUUCCUUGUCGGGUUGGGUAGAAGCGGCUGUCUGAAGUACUGCAAACUUGCCAUACAUACACGUACCUUGCUGGUCCCUGCCUCCAUCCCAAGAAAAGGCCUUGGUUUCGGGAGGUCGCAAGGGAGAGGCUCUGUCACCAGCCUACACGGCAGAUCUGAUUACAGUUACCUGGACAGAAUGACAGACCUGGUGGCUAUCUGGGAAGUAGGUUUAAGUGAUGGCGUUCACAAAAUUGAAUUUGAACAUGGGACCACCUCAGGAAAACGUGUUGUAUAUGUAGAUGGAAAGGAAAUAAUGAGAAAAGAAUGGAUGUUCAAGCUAGUGGGAAAAGAGACAUUUACUGUUGGAGCUGCCAAAACAAAAGCUACUAUUAACAUUGAUGCCGUCAGUGGCUUUGCAUAUGAAUAUACCUUGGAAAUUGAUGGGAAAAGUCUCAAAAAGUACAUGGAGAACAGAUCAAAAACAACAAAUACUUGGGUCGUACACCUGGAUGGUACAGAUUUCAGGGUUGUUUUAGAAAAGGAUACAAUGGAUGUCUGGUGCAAUGGUAAAAAAGUGGAAACAGCGGGUGAAUUUGUAGAAGAUGGGACAGAAACACAUUUCAGUAUUGGAAAGCAUAACUGUUGCAUUAAAGCGAUCAGUAGUGGGAAGAGAAGAGAAGGAAUUCUUCAUAUGCUUAUUGUAGAUGAUGGAGAAAUCCCAGAAGCUUUGGAAUAACUUUCAGGUAUUCUGGCUAUUGCAGAUAUAAAGAUCAGGGAUUUUCAAUUACAGUGGUAAUUGACAACUUUUAAUAUGUACUUCUUUGUACAUCUAGUUUGUGCUGUUUUCUUUUUUUAGUUACUGUAUAUGAAAUUUAUUGGAGGACCAGAUGAGAGUGUAAAGCUAUGUACAAUCUCAAGCAUUCCUAGUUAUUUUGUAAAUAAUAUAUAUAUAUUAUUAGGACACUAAAGGGCAACUUUAAAUAAUUAGAAAAUGUUUACAUGGGAAAAUUUUAAUAAAAUAAAG